GAGGAGCAGGGCUGCCCCCUUCUCUACCUUCCCCUCUCUCUCUCUCUCUCUCUCUCACAAGCCUCUGCCAUGGGCUCGGUGCUCCCCGCGGACUUCAUGAUGAAGUCCGGGUUCAAGCCUCAGACCCACUCCCUCUGCGACAUCAUCACUUCCGACAUCCUGCACAGCUUUCUGUACGGACGCUGGAGGAACGUGCUGGGGGAGCACCCGGCAGAGGAGAAGCAGCACCACCAGCACCACCACAGCGUCAGCCCCAGGACCGCCUUCACGGCCGAGGUCCUCGCACAGUCCUUCGCUGGAGAAGUGCAGAAGUUGUCCAGCUUGGUGCUGCCCAGUGAGGUGAUCAUCGCUCAGAGCUCCAUUCCCGGCGAAGGCCUGGGCAUUUUCUCCAAAGCGUGGAUUAAAGCAGGCACCGAGAUGGGCCCCUUCACCGGCCGCCUGGUCUCCCCCGAACACGUCGACCUGCUGAAGAACAAUAACCUGAUGUGGGAGGUGUUCAACGAGGACGGAACCGUCCGCUGCUUUGUCGACGCCAGCCAGGAGGACCAGCGCAGCUGGAUGACCUACAUCAAGUGUGCACGCAACGAGCAGGAGCAGAACCUGGAAGUGGUGCAAAUCGGCAGCAGCAUCUUCUACAAAGCCGUGGAGACCAUUCCUCCGGACCAGGAGCUGCUUGUUUGGUACGGAAAUUCCCAAAACACUUUCCUGGGUAUUCCCGGCGUUCCUGGCACAGAGGACGAGCAUCUGAAAAAGAGCAGGAGUGAUGACUCCCACUCAUGUGACAGCGCCUCCUCUUCCUCCCCUCCUGCCUCCUCCUCCUCCUCCUCCACCUCCUCGUCCUCCUCCUCCUCCUCCUCCUCUGCGGCCAGCCGGAUGCGCUGUGUCAUCUGCCACCGCGGCUUCAACUCGCGCAGCAACCUGCGCUCACACAUGCGCAUCCACACGCUGGACAAGCCCUUCGUGUGCCGCUUCUGCAACCGCCGCUUCAGCCAGUCGUCCACGCUGCGCAACCACGUGCGCCUGCACACAGGCGAGCGGCCCUACAAGUGCCACGUCUGCCAGAGCGCCUACUCACAGCUGGCGGGGCUGCGGGCGCACCAGAAGAGCGCCAGGCACCGGCCGGCUAACCCUGACACCAACCGGCCUUCGCCUCCGCCUCCGCCUCCACCUCCACCUCCACAGAUGACCAGCAUGGCCUCCAUGGCUCAGCCGGUCCCGCUGGUGCACCACAUAGCCACCAUGGUGCUCUGAGAAGCGCGGCCAAGUGGCUGGACGGUCAAGCAAUCGUUGCACUUUAAUUCCUCACCAAAAUGUGGUGCAUCAGUCUACAAGUCGUGUCUAGGCUACACUCGUACUAGUCUUAGCGCUCAUGAGAUACGAUAUUUUUACACGCUACGGCUUUCGGUAGUGGUGAUGGUAGAAACGGGCGAGACAAUCCUGAGCAUUUCGAUAUUUUUUGGACCACUGUACUCAAGACAGUUGGAAACGCUUGUUACCUACGUCAUUGUUUCGUACCAAUCAGCACCUCUUUUGCUGCUUAGGUUGUGCAUUAUUCCAUAAUCGCUGUCAUGCCCAUAUUAGGAGCUCCGGGUCUGAGCUGGUUUUCUCUAUGGGGAAAAUGAAUUGCGUUAAAUGGACCUGCAGUGAACAAACCUGCAGCGGUGGACGUGGUGGAAGUACACAAACCAUGUACUCGAGUUACAGUAGGUAAAAUAUCACUCCAGUAAAAGUAGAAGUUCCUCCCUUUAGACCUCCACUUGAG